AUGUUAGAUAGAAAAAUAUGGGAAAGCAUUGGGAAUAAGAAGACAUGCUCAUUUAAAUUAAAUACAAAAGUAGAGACAUUAUGUAAAAAUAAAUAUAACGUAACAGGAUAUUGUAAUGAAUUUAGUUGUCCGUUAGCAAAUACUAAGUACGCAACAGUUAGAGUAGUUGAGGAUAAACUGUAUUUGAUGAUUAAAGAGCCUGAAAGAACACACACGCCUGUUGAAAUGUACGAGAAAAUUGAAUUAAGUUAUGACUAUUUAGAAGCACUAAAACAGCUUGAUGAAAAUUUGGAGUUUUGGGACCCAGAAGUUAUACACAAGUGUAAGCAAAGAUUAACAAAAAUGUUUGAGUAUUUAGAGCGUAAGUUAAAUCUAGAAGAAAAUCCGUUACCACAACUAACUGUACGUAAAACCAAAAUGAACAGAAGAGAGAAAAUACGUGCACUUAAGGCUCUUAAUACCUUGAAUUUUGAAAAAGAUAUAAGUAGAGAACUGAUGAUCAGAUUAGAAGAAGGAAUAUUUGGAGAUGAGUUGUUAGAGGCUUAUAAGGAUGCUAAAGCUAAGGCAAUUAAACACAAAGAUAAAAGAUACGUUGCAGAUAUUGAUUUGGAAAAGGAUGAAUUACAACCUAAACAUACCCGGAAGAAGAAAAAGAAAGAGAAACAACAGAAUCUUAACUGGUAA